GGCUUUUAGGUAUAAAUAGGUGUUUUCGAUUAAAACGUAUGUAUUUAUAAGCAAUUUAAAUUACUCCAAUCGGUGUCACAAGACAUGUCAGACGCCUUUGAGGAAAUUCAAGCAAUUAAAAUAAAGAGAAAUAGUCUACGGGAGAAACUACAGAAGAGAAAACGUGAGAGACAUGAAUUAUUUACUCUUACUUCUGCAACACCGGUAUCAUCCACCUUGACCAGUAAAUCGCCUCUUACCAGUGAUUCUAUUGGACAUGCACAAAGGGCAGAUCACAGUGAAUAUGAAAGGGAUGUCUUAUGCAUAUUGCAUGAAUCAUUGCCUAAUUUACCAAUUACAUCAGCAGAAUUGAUAGAUCAACUUCGCAAGAAUCUGAAUGCAGAUAUAUCUUCACCAGAUAUUCAUAAAAUUUUGGAGAAGCUGGCGGCUCAAGAUAUUGUUAAGAUUAAGGAAGUAACAGAGAAUGGUGUUUUUGGGUACACUGUGUUAUCAGUGACAGAAUCUCAAUCGUCAUAUCAAUCACAGUCCGAUGACACUGAAUAUCCAGAGAGUGCAGAAACAUCUGCAUCUGAAUUGAAUGAUUACAUGCCUGCAGAGAAGCAAUCUAAAUUGGAUAAAAAGAAUACUGAGGAUAUAAUGUCUUUAAUUUCAAUGCCCACAAUUAGAGAGAAGGAAAAUAAAAAGGUUGGAGAGCAGAUUUUGGACUUAUUAUCAAAGCAAACAUCUAAGGAGAAAUCAUUGGCUGAACGGUUUCGAUCCCAAGGAGGAGCUCAGGUCAUGGAAUUCUGUCCACAUGGCACAAGAGUAGAUUGUGUUAAAUUGAAUGGUGGGCCGGGAUUUGUGGAAAAGUGCAAAAAACUUCACUUCAAAAAGAUCAUUCAAAGUCAUACAGAUGAAUCAUUAGGUGAUUGUAGCUUCCUGAACACCUGUUUUCAUAUGGACACAUGCAAAUAUGUUCAUUAUGAAGUGGAUGGUCCAACAACUCAACCCAAGGAACCAAAUGAUCCGGAUAAUACAAGCAAUACAAUGGUAAAUAAAACUAUAACAUUAGAUAGUAAAAAUGGUAGCAGUGUCGCUUGUCCAACCGCCAGCGGAUCGCUAGGCAGUGAAUUAACUCUUUACCCACCACAAUGGAUACAAUGUGAUUUACGUUAUCUCGACAUGACUGUACUUGGUAAAUUUGCUGUUAUAAUGGCUGAUCCUCCAUGGGAUAUCCACAUGGAAUUGCCAUAUGGUACAAUGUCUGACGAUGAAAUGAGGCAGCUUGGUAUACCGGCACUUCAAGAUGAAGGUCUUCUAUUUUUAUGGGUAACAGGAAGAGCAAUGGAACUUGGCAGAGAAUGCUUACAACUAUGGGGAUAUAAAAGAGUUGACGAGAUUAUAUGGGUCAAAACAAAUCAGUUACAAAGGAUAAUAAGAACAGGCAGGACAGGACAUUGGUUAAAUCAUGGUAAGGAGCAUUGUCUGGUUGGAAUGAAAGGAACCCCAAGAAUCAAUAGAGGACUGGAUAGUGAUGUUAUUGUGGCCGAAGUCCGUGCCACUAGUCACAAGCCUGACGAGAUUUAUGGAAUUAUCGAACGUAUGAGUCCAGGUACAAGGAAGAUUGAAUUAUUUGGACGACCGCAUAAUGUCCAACCUAAUUGGAUAACACUUGGUAAUCAAGUAGAUGGUGUUCACUUGAUUGACCCUCAACUCAUCAAAGCUUUCAAAAAACGUUAUCCAGACGGAAACUCAAUGAAACCAGCUAAACCAUAA